CGAAAGAUGCAGACUAGUGGAUGAGAUGAACUUAUCCAGGGUUCGGGCGAUUUUACCGUUUUCGCAAAAGAAGGGACAGGUGUCUCGCGGAUCUCAUUCCGCAAAGGAGGUGUACCUGAUUCCCGCUCGGCGGAUCGUUGCCUGAGCUAGUCAGCUCAAUAUAGCUGUGUUCGGCGAUUUUCUCCUCAUUCAUCACGGGCCAUACAUCACUCUAAUGUGGGGACCUUUACCACUUACACGAAGCUCAGAGUAUAAAAUCCAGUCGAGGACGACGACAUGUAAGGAAAAGUUAUAGAUUUCUGCUUAAAGCGUCUGACCUAGUAUUUUUGUUUUUAAAUACUUUCUAUAGUCUAAGACAUACCCCUUUUUUGCUAUCGAUUCUUAUAAACCCCCCACCACAACACAAUGGCACCAGGCAUAUUGGUCGACGAUACCAUUAGCCGAAAUGGUCUCGAGCUCGAGGAGACAUCAGAUCACAUUGACGCAGUUAAUGUGCUAAAGGACCAGAACCAGGCCAAGUUCGACGAUAAGUCCAAAUUUGACUCAACCAAAGACAAGACGCAGUUUAGGCAGUUUGAAGAGGCCUGCGAACGCGUGCAGAACUUCUAUCGGGAGCAGCAUAAAAAGCAGACGGUGGCGUACAAUCUGAAAGCACGCAUCGCCUUCAAGACGCGGCGACGCGAGGAGAUGACGGUGUGGCAAGCACUCGAAAAGCUCAACACGUUGAUCGACGAGUCGGACCCGGACACAAGUCUAUCGCAGAUCCAACAUCUGCUACAGUCGGCCGAAGCCAUCCGGAGGGACGGCAAGCCACGAUGGAUGCAGGUCACAGGUCUAAUCCACGACCUUGGCAAACUACUCUACUUCUUCGGCUCCGAAGGCCAAUGGGACGUCGUUGGCGACACGUUCCCCGUCGGUUGCGCCUUCGACAACCGUAUCAUAUACCCCGACACAUUCGCUGCAAACCCAGACUCUCGGGAUCCCAUCUAUAGCACCAAGUUCGGCAUCUACUCGCCCGGCUGCGGACUAGAUAACGUGAUGCUGUCGUGGGGCCACGACGAGUAUUUAUACCACGUAGCCAAGGAACAGUCGACGCUGCCGCCUGAGGCGCUAGCUAUGAUUCGGUAUCAUUCAUUUUACCCUUGGCAUAAGGAUGGUGCAUAUCGCGAGCUGAUGGACAAGCACGACGAGGAUAUGCUGCGUGCCGUGCAGGCGUUUAAUCCGUAUGACUUAUACAGCAAGAGCGACAAAGUUCCUGAUGUAGAGGAGCUGAAGCCGUAUUACUCGGAGCUUAUCGACGAGUUCUUCCCGCAGAAGGUUGUCAAGUGGUGAGCACAUGUAUGGGCAUGUUGUUCGACUUGAAGCAUAAGCGAAAUCGCCAGAGAGCGCUGAUGGAAAUUGUUAGAUAUAGCUACUACAAUAGCAUAAACGCUUUACGGAAUUUCUAGUCUUUAGUAACCUAGUUAGUAUAGUGGUAUAAUUCGACAAGAAUCGAAGACUCGCUUAUGCUU